UUAAACAUUUUACUAAGGUACCUAGCUGAGAUGGAAGAAGACUCCAUAAUCCCUUUCUUCUGACAUGCCUUCCACAGAACUCCUCUUCAUUGCCUUUUGGAGGAGGAAAUGGUGGAAUCAUUUUGAGCAGGUCCAGGGAGAGAGGCAACUUUCAGGCUGUGAUAGGUGUACAGUUGGUGAUUACUAUGGUGAUGGCUAGUGUCAUACAGAAGAUCAUACCUCACUAUUCUCUUGCUCGUUGGCUUCUCUGUAGUGGCAGUUUACGAUGGUAUCAACAUCCUACUGAAGAAGAACUACGAAUUCUUGCAGGGAAACAAAAAGGGAAAAGCAAAAAAGACAGGAAAUACAAUGGUCACAUUGAAAACAAGCCCCUAACCAUUCCAAAGGAUAUUGAUCUUCAUCUGGAAACAAAAUCUGUUACAGAAGUGGACACUUUAGCAUUGCAUUAUUUUCCUGAAUAUCAGUGGUUGGUGGAUUUCACAGUUGCAGCCACGGUGGUAUAUCUGGUAACUGAAGCCUAUUACAGUUUGAUGAAGCCUUCACAGGAAAUGAAUAUCAGUAUAGUCUGGUGUCUGCUUGUAUUGGCUUUUGCAGUCAAGAUACUGUUCUCAUUGACUACUCACUAUUUCAAAGUGGAGGAUGGAGGUGAAAGAUCAGUCUGUGUCACCUUUGGCUUCUUUUUCUUUGUUAAAGCUAUGGCAAUCCUCAUUGUAACAGAAAAUUACCUGGAGUUUGGACUUGAGACAGGGUUUUCAAAUUUUUCAGAAAGUGCUAUGCAGUUUCUUGAAAAGCAAGGUUUGGAAUCCCAGGGUCCUGUGUCUAAACUAACCUUCAAAUUGUUCCUGGCUGUUCUGUGUUCACUUAUUGGUGCUUUUUUGACAUUCCCUGGCUUGCGCCUGGCUCAAAUGCAUCUGGAUGCUCUGAAUUUAGCAUCAGAAAAAAUAACACAAACGUUACUACAUAUAAACUUCCUGGCACCUUUUCUUAUGGUCCUCCUAUGGGUAAAGCCAAUUACCAAGGACUAUAUUAUGACCCCACCUCUGGGAAAAGAGAGUGUGCCUUUAAUGUCAGAAGCUACAUUUGAUACUCUACGGCUGUGGAUUAUAAUCCUAUUGUGUGCUUUACGAAUGGCCAUGAUGCGCAAUCAUCUGCAAGCCUACCUUAAUUUAGCGCAGAAGUGUGUGGAUCAGAUGAAAAAAGAGGCUGGCAGAAUAAGUACAGUUGAUCUGCAGAAAAUGGUGGCCCGAGUGUUUUAUUACCUCUGUGUAAUUGCAUUGCAGUAUGUGGCACCUCUGGUAAUGCUGCUACACACAACUCUGCUGUUGAAAACCCUAGGUAAUUACUCCUGGUGCAUCUAUCCAGAAUCUAGCUCUGACUCUCCAAUGGAGAACAAUCUACUCCCCAAUUCAGUUUAUUUUGAGUCUUCAUCUGCUGAUGAGAAGAUGAAGGUAACUGUAAUACAACUAACCAUGGCGUUGGGCAGCUUAAAGAACAUUUUCACUCCUCUCCUGUUCCGAGGACUCCUGUCUUUUCUGACGUGGUGGAUUGCUGCUUGCCUUUUCUCCACAAGCCUUUUUGGCCUUUUCUAUCACCAGUACCUGACUGUGGCAUGAACUAUUUGGCCAAAAAAGCAAAUAGGAGGUUCAAACCCAUGUACCCAAAGGGGGAUGAAAGAAAAUGGAAGAACGUGUGACAAAACAUAUCAGAAUUUAUUUUUAAAUGCUUCCUCUGCAUUCUCAGGGUGAAUACUGUGAUAGUGUUUAAAAUCACGUGGGUUUGUGACUUGUGGUAUCCAAAUGGUAGGUAAUGAAGUGCUAAGUUGUGGUAUUGGAACUACGUCUAACAUUCUUUUAUGGGGCAAUAUUGGAGGUCUAGUUAAAAGGGUAAUGCUUGUGAGUACCUUGGUUUCCAUUAACACCAAGCCACCCUCAAAACUUUGAUUAUUAGUUUAGUCAUUGUCUGUUGACUCUUAAGGUACUGGCAAUGCUAAUAGUGGCUGUCUGCUAAACAAUCUUGAAACUGAGCCAUACAAUGGAGGAAGAGAAAAUAACUUCUGUUGGAAAUGUAUUGAUCACUUUUCUGGGUGAACAAUGAAAUAAUUCAACAGGACAAAAGAACUACUGUAUAUUACAGUAAAAGAAGCUGUAUAAUAUUUAGUAUAGGAACAAAUGCGUGGACUUGGCAAGUGUUGCUAAACAAAU